CAGCUAGCAAAACAACUUGUUUUUGAGUCUAUAGAAUUUUAGCAAAAUCGAAAUCCUAGUACAAGAUGUUGAGUUCAAUGGUUAAAGAGCACCAUUCUAAGCAAUCGAAGCGCAAGCAGGAGCAAGAAGUGCGUCGCAAAGAAGCCAUUGAAGCUUCCAACGAACUGACCCAGGCAUUAGUGGACCAUCUAAAUGUUGGAGUGGCGCAAGCAUACUUAAAUCAAAAGCGUUUAGAUGUGGAAGCCAAACAGUUGCAUGUGGGUGCUACCAACUUUGCCAAACAGACGCAUCAAUGGCUGCAAUUAAUUGACAACUUUAGUAGCGCUCUGAAGGAACUCGGUGAUGUAGAGAAUUGGGCGCGAAGCAUUGAAGGAGAUAUGCAAGUUAUACAGCAAACUUUGGAACUAGCAUACAAAACGUCUCGAGCAACGCAGGCCACAACAGGUACUGCAACGACGUCAGCGACAUCUUCUGCAGGUGCAGCAGCAGCGAAUCCAUGAGUUACGUUUUCGUAGAUGACAAAUAUGAGCCGCCAUAUAAAGGCAUACGUGAACUGAUUUAUGUUUAUUAUUGUUUAAUUUAUUGUAUAAUUACCAUAAAACAGUGUAUGAAAAUGACGUGUGAUUGCCAACAAAUGCAUUUAAAUACAUAUUGCACACGUACAGCACAUUUAACAUGUAAUUUAGUUUACAUUAAAAAGUAUUUUGUUAG